GUUGGGGGACUUCGUCACGUGCUCAGAGCCCCGCCCCGCUGCCGAGGCGUGUUGCCUUGUGGCGUGGCGAGCGGCCGCGUUUGUGAGAUCGAGGAAUACCAGUCGGUGAUUAUCAUGUCCAAAAAAGGCAAGCCAGAGGAUGUAUGGUCGCAACAGGAUACAGAUCUCUUACUAGAUCGGAUGGCAGCCUGCUUACCCGCUGAUGUGGAAAAAUUAAAGUAUCAGACGUCUGUGUCCAGACUAGACUGGGAAAUUAUCAAGUUUGGCCCAUACAAUGCUGCACAGUGUAAAGAAAAAUGGGGAGAAAUAUGUGGAAAGAUUUCUUUGCAUCGUACCUUGCGUGAGAUCGUCAGGGACGCUGAACGUCUGGUGAAGUGCGAUGGAGAGAUUAAGCAAUGUAAAGCUCGUAAAAAGAGUGCAAAGGCUCUAAAGGAAAAUACUGAGAUCUUGGAUUUGAUUGGUGACAUUGGAGGGGCUCAAUCAUCACCCACGACUGCAUUUAAUCUGUGGUGUGAGAAAUCCAAGGUUACUCUUCUGGUGAAGAACCCAUCUAUGUCUGAAAAUGUGUUAAAAAAGACCCUUUCAGAGAAGUGGACAGAAUUGCCAAAUGAUAAAAAAUUGUGCUGGGUAAAUAAAGCUUUGAAGAUUCAGCAAAGCACAUGUGUGGAAAACAAAGUUGAGGCUUCAGGCAAAACAAGUAAUGUCCAUAUACCGUUUAUAAACAAAAUGUUCCAAGCCAUGAAGGAGAAAGGUCUCGAUUCAGAUCUCCCGAAACAGGAUAUAGUACGCAUUAUUUUAAAAACCUGGAAACAGAUGCCAUUGGAAGUUAAGAGAAAAUACUACCCUGAUUACAAGAUUGAUACAAAUCAAUUUUGGGAAGCAGUGCCAGAGGCACCCCCUUCUGCAAAGGAGCUGUACAUCCAGAAAAAGCUGCCUUUGCUAUUGCGCAAGAAUCGGGCAAACCAGGCCAAAGCUUGGAGCAUUGCGGAGGAAAAGUGGCAGACGCUUUCAAACAGCAGUAAACGUGUUUACAAAGCACAAGCAAAGGAGAAGAAACGGAUAUAUGAGAAUGAGCUGGAAAAGAAUGCCUCGCUACGACAGCUCGCAAUGCAAAGAAAACGUGCACCCUCAAGCUUCUCCGUGUAUAGUAAGAUGUCUGCAGACACUGUGCCGGAGUUUUUGGGAAAUAAAAAAUUGAAUGUAUUGACGCACCUGUGGAGCAACGUAGAGCAAAAAGCAGAUUACAUCAAAUUUGCACACACUGCCAAAAUCGACCAACAGGCGAUGGAACGGCUUGCCCUGCAGAUAUUGCCCCACAAAGAACGCGUUGCACUUGAAACGAUGUGGGAGAUGAGAAGAAAAAGAAAAUUUGUGCACUCCAGCAAGAAAAAAAAGUGUACGAAGAAGACUAAUAAUGAAGUGGAUGAGGAGGAGCAUGCCACAGACUGAUUUGUUGGUCGCAGUAAUAUCUGAUGCAUUCUCACAUGGGGAGUAAGCAUCUUGGUCCGCUUUGCAGAAUGUCAACUUGAAGAAUAAGACAUUUUUGCUUGCUGCAGUAUCAAAAGUCAUUUUUCCCAUAUUCUGUUUGACACUUGUACCAUAAGAUGUGAAAAAACAGCCUUGAACUUUAUAUUUUUAUUUAAAUUAACACCCAGAACAGUCAGUCCCCUGUUAAAUACCCAAUUUAACCAUCUAAGCCCCCUCAACCGCUGUUAAAACGGUAAACCAAAUAGUUUUCUUAACUGCAGCAGUGCAAAGGCUACACAUCUCACAGGAAUCACACAUGCCAACUGCACAUACAACAUACCAUAUGUUCUUGAAAAAUAUCGUACCCUUAACCAUGUUAACUUGUAAAUGCUACUGACCGUAUAGGUACAGCAGCAUAUUUAACCGAUGAUACCUUCAGUCAAACUCAAUUAGAGUUAAAACGAACUUGCAUUCCACCCUUUACAAAAUGACCACUGAUUGCAUGAAUGCAAAAAUAGCAGCUCAUAAGUUUUCUUAUGUCAGUUCAGUGGCAUGGUUUUGGUUAAAUCUCUUCGUUGGCUAUUUUUGUCAUGUGCAUUAACACCAUUAGUUUGCAUUUUGUUGAUGCUGUUGUAAAAUGUAUUCAAUAAAAUGGUAUUGACAUCUUCAGUAGAUUAUGCAUGGUUGCCACAGGCCUCAAGCAAUUCAUGUAAUUUUCUGCAGAAUAUAUUAGGGCCUCAGAUGUAAAAUGUACAUUUUUAGUGUUAAAACAAAUCCCAAAGUGAACUUUAAUUAUUGUUAAUUUUGUUAUGACCCAUGGAACAAAUGCAAAUAUUUGUUCACAACACUUAGUAUGCAUAUGCUGGUGAUAAGGCAACUUACUGAUAACAUUAUAAAUUCCUUCAUGCAGAAAGAAGCAGCUUCUAAACUGAAUGUUCUCCGAACAAGGUAUUUGCAGUGCUUCACACUUUGAGGCUGCAAGAAAGCAUUGGCCAGGUUCUGCAUGAGCAGAUGGAAAGAUUGUCUUUGUGAAUAAAACAAGACGGUGCCAAUUUUACCAAAUGUAACAUUUACACAUUCAGAAAUCUUUUUUCAUUCAAAAUGGUAAUAAAAUAAGUUAAUUCAA